AGAGAGAUUCGGCUGUAACCCGCAAGCAGAAUCCGUCGUUCAGUCUUGAGUCUGGCGCGCCAUGCUGUCUGGGAUGCAGGAACAGCUUGCCUCCAUCGCUCACGGAAUAAUUUUUUACAUUCUUUUCAGUGUAUAUUUGUGGAGAACAAAGUGCUUUUGGGGCUAAAAACACCAAGAAACACCGACGUUUUAGACAAUGCGUGCCUUAAAUAUAGUGUACAGGGUUGGGUUCCAUGCUUCCAAGGAAAUAAAAGUAGAAUGGAAAGCAUACAGCAAAAAGCAAGUAGGAUGAUAAGUGGAAUUGGUGACUCAGCAUCCCUCCAGUUUGCUGAGCUGGGGAUUCAGCCAUGGACGACUCUUCCGAGCAUCUGUUGGCCAUUAUAUUGGACACAAAUUUGACAUCAGUAGUUGCGAAUGGCGAUGAGGUUGGGCCUGUGCUCGACGCCAUCCUGGUCUUUUGCAAUGCUCACCUGAUGGCUAGCACCUCUAAUAUGCUAUGCCUGAUCGUGGCUCACGCGGACCAGAACCGGCCCCUGUUUCCGCCUGAGGCAGAGGACGCUCAUGCGCAGGGGCACUACGAGUUGUUCUCGCAGUCCUGUGCCGACAUCGUGCGGCAGCUGAAGGACAUGAUGGAGGAGACGCCGCCGGGGUCGCACACCAGCGCGCCAAUGGCCGCCGGCUUGGCCAUGAGCCUGUGCUUUAUCAACCGCAUCAGUCGGGAGCGGCCGCCGCAGGUGCGGCUGCAGAAGCGGGUGCUGGUUGUCACGGCGCACGGCACCGUCGCCGCCCAGUACAUGGACUUCAUGAACGUGUUCUUCACAGCGCAAAAGCUGGCGAUUCAGGUGGACGCGUGCGUGUUGGGUCAGGAAUCGGGCGUGCUGCAGCAGGGUGCCGACAUCACGGGUGGGAUCUGUCUGCGCACACCGCACGCGCGCGGCCUGCUGCAAUACCUACUCUGGGUGUUCCUGCCGUUCGGUGAGCAGCGGCAAAAGCUGGCGCUGCCGGAGCCGCCCGUGGUCGAUUAUCGCGCCGCCUGCUUCUGCCACAGGCAGUUGGUAAGCGUCGGCUUCGUCUGCUCGGUCUGCCUCUCCAUCUUCUGUAAGUUUGCGCCCAUCUGUUCCACGUGUCACACGGUAUUCAAAGUCAAGGGCAUGUCCCUACCGAAGCCUACCAAAAGAAAACGGGCGAAGCACGGGCUGUGAUGCUUCUAGGAUGCUACGAUGAACGCCGACCAUAGUGCAGCAAUAUCAUCACUGGGCGUCAUCGCCGCACUGCAAUACUGCUUUAUGGAAAUAAGGUUGGAUGUGCCUUAUAUGAUUGAUUCCUACCAUGAAAAUACAUUACAUUCAUGUGGAAGGAACUAGCGAUAUGUCGAUGGCCCUCCACCAUAUACAACCAAGAUGCUGUCUAAAGCUUACCAGUCUCACGCAGAUGCGGUUGUGGCACGUGUCGUAGCGCAUUUAUU